GGUUUUCUCAAUAAUUUCUGGGUCCAAUAAAACAAACCCGAGGCUUUCUACCCUUAAAGUGAUAAAAUCCGAAAACUGGAAAACUAAUCAAACAAUCAGGCAUUGCUUGAAUCUUUCUAGGGUUUGGUGUUCGAUCCUCUCUGAUUUCUCAUAGGAAUUUGCAUCUACAGAACUAAUCAUGGCUACUGCUUCAGUGGCUUUCAAGUCUAGAGAGGACCAUAGGAAACAGUUGGAAUUGGAAGAGGCGCGAAAGGCUGGUCUUGCACCGGCAGAAGUGGAUGAGGAUGGAAAAGAAAUCAAUCCUCACAUUCCUCAGUAUAUGUCUUCAGCUCCUUGGUAUCUCAAUGCAGAGAGACCGAGUUUGAAACAUCAAAGGAAAUGGAAAUCCGACCCCAAUUACACGAAAUCAUGGUAUGACAGAGGUGCGAAAAUAUAUCAGGCAGAAAAGUAUAGAAAGGGUGCAUGCGAAAACUGUGGGGCAAUGACCCACGAUGCUAAGUCAUGCAUGGAUAGGCCCCGCAAAUUAGGAGCAAAAUGGACUGGAAAGAAUAUUGCUCCUGAUGAGAAGAUAGAACAGUUUGAGCUGGAUUAUGAUGGUAAAAGGGACCGUUGGAAUGGUUAUGAUGCUGCUUCCUAUGCCCAUAUCAUUGAACGAUAUGAAGCAAGGGAUGAAGCAAGAAAGAAAUAUCUGAAAGAUCAACAACUAAAAAAGUUGGAGGAGAAAAAUAACAAAGAGGAUGAAGAAAGAGGCGAUAGCGAAGAUGAAGAUUUUGAAGAUGCUUUGAAGGUAGAUGAAGCCAAGGUUGAUGAAAGCAAGCAGAUGGAUUUUGCAAAAGUUGAGAAGCGUGUACGAACCACUGGUGGUGGAAGCACAGGGACUGUUAGGAAUCUACGUAUCCGGGAAGAUACAGCAAAAUAUCUUCUUAAUCUUGAUGUCAAUUCUGCACAUUAUGAUCCCAAGACCCGGUCCAUGCGUGAAGACCCUCUUCCUGAUAUGGAUCCAAAUGAAAAAUUUUAUGCUGGAGAUAACCAAAAUAGAGUUAGUGGUCAAGCAUUGGAGUUCAAACAGCUAAAUAUUCACGCUUGGGAAGCUUUUGAUAAGGGUCAUGAUGUGCAUAUGCAAGCAGCUCCAUCCCAAGCAGAACUGCUUUACAAAAAUUACAAGGUUAACAAGGAGAAACUGAAGUCACAAACAAAGGAGGAUAUCAUGGAAAAGUAUGGUAAUGCUGCUAGUGAAGAAAUACUCCCAAGAGAACUACUGUUGGGUCAGAGUGAGAGAGAAGUUGAAUAUGAUUGUGCUGGUAGGAUUGUGAAGGGCCAGGAGAUGGCUCUCCCUAGGAGCAAAUAUGAAGAGGAUGUUUACAUCAAUAACCACACCACGGUUUGGGGUUCAUGGUGGAAGGAUCACCAGUGGGGUUACAGGUGCUGCAAACAAACGAUCAGAAACAGCUAUUGCACAGGUGCUGCCGGAAUUGAAGCAGCUGAAGCUUCUGCUGAUCUUAUGAAGGCCAAUAUUGCUCGCAAAGAGUCGGCUGAAGAUACACAUGCGCCGGUUGAGGAGAGGAGGCUUGCUACUUGGGGUACUGAAGUACCUGACGAUUUGGUUUUGGACGAGCAAAAGCUGGCUGAAGCACUUAAAAAG